GGGAAGUCCCAAACAUCUGGGUAGGAACUGGAAUGACGUGGCUAGUUUGUUUAGCAGAAACCAUGAAUGCCUCGUCUUUCAAUUAUCUCAUCUCACUCAGCACUUUCUGGUCGCUGCUUUGAAACUCCUUUCUACGAUCAUGGAAUUGGGUCUUCCUUUGUUCCCAGGAAUCAAAUUCCCAACCCCCAGAAAUACUGUUUUGGCCCGAAGUUCUCCUAAUAACCUUCCUCAGUUUUCUUCCAAUGCAUCGUCCUCCACCUCCAUCUCUGUCAAGCCUCCUACUAAAACUGUCCCAGGGAAGCCAGAGGCUGACGUUGUUGUGAUUGGGAGUGGUAUUGGCGGACUGUGUUGCGCGGGGCUUCUUGCUAGAUACAACCAGGAUGUGCUUGUGUUGGAAAGUCAUGAUCUGCCUGGAGGUGCUGCCCAUUCUUUUGAGAUUAAAGGCUAUAAAUUUGACUCUGGUCCAUCUUUGUUUUCUGGUUUUCAGUCUAGAGGUCCUCAGGCCAAUCCUCUUGCACAGGUCCUAGAUGCAUUGGGUGAGUCAAUUCCAUGUGCGAAAUAUGACUCUUGGAUGGUUUACAUUCCUGAAGCUGAAUUCUUAUCACGCAUAGGCCCAACUGAAUUUCUCAAGGACCUUGAAAAGUAUGCUAGUCAGAACGCCGUGCAAGAAUGGAAAAAACUUCUCGAAGCAAUACUUCCAUUAUCAGCCGCUGCAAUGGCACUGCCUCCUUUAUCAAUCAGGGGAGAUUUGGGAGUUAUUUCAACUGCUGCAGCUAGAUAUGCCCCUUCUUUGUUGAAAUCAUUUGUAGAAAUGGGACCGCAGGGAGCUUUUGGUGCUCCUAAGCUUUUACGACCCUUCUCGGAAAUCAUGGAUUCUUUGGAGCUGAGAGACCCUUUUAUUAGGAAUUGGGUGGACCUUUUAGCUUUCUUGCUUGCUGGGGUGAAAUCCAAUGGUAUACUCUCAGCAGAGAUGGUUUAUAUGUUUGCAGAAUGGUACAAACCUGGUUGUACUCUAGAGUAUCCACUUAAUGGAAGUGGAGCCAUUAUUGACGCUCUUGUUCGAGGAAUACAAAAGUUUGGAGGACGGAUAUCUCUAGGAAGUCAUGUGGAAAAGAUCAUCGUUGAGAACGGUAAGGCUACCGGAGUUAAGCUGAAAGGUGGUCAGUUUAUACGUGCUAAAAUGGCUGUUGUGAGCAAUGCAUCAAUGUGGGAUACUUUGAACCUGCUACCGAAGGAUCAACUUCCAAAGUCAUACAUAGACAGGGUUAAAACAACACCACAAUGUGAAUCAUUCAUGCAUCUCCAUCUAGGCUUUGAUGCUGAGGAUGUACGUGAGGAUUUGGGGAUUCAUCAUAUUGUUGUUAAUGAAUGGGAAAGAGGAGUUGAUGCUGAUCAGAAUGUUGUUUUAAUAUCUGUACCUAGUGUACUUAGUCCGAAUCUUGCACCACCAGGGAAGCAUGUUUUGCACGCUUAUACACCAGGAACUGAACCAUUUGAAUUGUGGGAGGGGCUCGAUCGUAGAAGUGCAGAAUACAAAAAGCUUAAAGCUGAACGAUCAGAGGUAAUGUGGAAAGCUGUUGAACGAGCACUUGGCUCUGGUUUCAACCGUGACAAGUGUGAGGUGAAACUGGUUGGAACACCGUUGACACAUCAAAGGUUUUUACGAAGGAACAGAGGAACUUAUGGACCAGCUAUUCAAGCUGGUCAAGGCACUUUUCCAGGACAUUCGACCCCCAUUCCGCAGCUUUAUUGUUGCGGAGAUUCUACUUUUCCUGGCAUUGGAGUCCCUGCAGUUGCUGCUAGUGGUGCCAUUGUUGCCAAUUCUCUGGUCUCAGUUUCUCAACACUCCCAACUUCUUGAUGCCAUUGGAAUUUGAAUGCAAUGGGUGACUUCAUCUUAUUUUCGUAUAAAUUAUUUUCCCAUUUUGAAAUUUGAUUAUAACCCUACUCAUUAAUGUAAAUUAGAGGGAUAAUUCCAAAUUCUAUAUAAUUGGAAUCAAUAUAGAAAGAAACCCAAAUAUUUUUUCUUGUAAUUUAUAACCAAAAUCAAAACCCAUAUCACAUUUGAAUCUCUUAAUUAAUAGUUUACCUAUCCAAA